AGCUACCAUCGAUCGCACCCAAAAACCCACUUCGAUACCUCACCUCACCUCGUGCUCACCUACCUCGGCCGCGUAUAUAUGUCGACAGCUCCGGCCCUGGACAAUGGCGGCCAGACCGAUCGAUCUCGUACGUCUCGACCCGACCCGACUAGUAGCUGAGGUGACGGCCGGGGAGCUAGCUACCUAGCUGCUCGUCUCAGUUCAGUCGUACGUCGUCGGAGUCGAGCAGAGUCGGUCGGUCGGUCAUGGUCCUCAUGGAGGCGCCGCUGCUGGCGAAGAGGCCGGCCGUGGUCGCGGAGGAGGACGCGGCGGCGCCGAGGAGCUACAAGAAGGCGCGGGAGGCGUUCGUGCGGGAGGCGGAGCGGCUGUGGGCCAUCGCGGCGCCCAUCACCUUCAACAUCCUCUGCCUCUACGGCGUCAACUCCGCCACGCAGCUCUUCGCCGGCCGCCUCGGCAACCUGCAGCUCUCCGCCGCCGCCGUCGGCCUCUCCGUCGUCUCCAACUUCUCCUUCGGGUUCCUCCUCGGCAUGGGCAGCGCGCUGGAGACGCUGUGCGGGCAGGCGUACGGGGCCGGGCAGCUGGGCGCGCUCGGCGUCUACAUGCAGCGGUCCUGGAUCAUCCUCGCCGUCUCGGCCGUCCUCCUCUCCCCGCUCUACGUCUUCGCCACGCCGAUCCUGCGCGCGCUCGGCCAGGACGACGCCAUCGCCGGCGCCGCGGGGGACUUCACGCUGCGCAUCCUCCCGCAGAUGUUCUCGCUGGCGCUCACCUUCCCGACGCAGAAGUUCCUGCAGGCGCAGAGCAAGGUGAUGGUGCUGGCGUGGAUCAGCCUCGCCGCGCUCGCCGCGCACGUCGCCAUGCUGUACCUCUUCGUGUCGCGCCUCGGGUGGGGGCUCGCCGGAGCCGCCGCGGCGUACGACGUCACCUCGUGGGGCAUCGCCGUGGCGCAGGUGGUGUACGUGGUGCGGUGGUGCGGGGACGGCGGCGGCUGGGACGGCCUGUCGUGGAAGGCGUUCGAGGGGCUGUGGGCGUUCGCCAAGCUCUCGCUGGCCUCCGCCGUGAUGCUCUGCCUGGAGGUGUGGUACAUGAUGGUGCUCGUGGUCCUCACGGGCCACCUCGACGACGCGGAGAUCGCCGUGGGCUCCGUGUCCAUCUGCAUGAACCUCAACGGGUGGGAGGCGAUGCUGUUCAUCGGGCUGAACGCGGCCAUCAGCGUGCGCGUGUCCAACGAGCUGGGCUCCGGCCGUCCGCGGGCGGCGAAGCACGCCGUGGCGUCGGUCAUCGCCCAGUCCCUGCUCAUCGGCCUGCUCGCCAUGGCGCUCAUCCUGGCCUACCGCAACAGCUUCGCGGCGCUCUUCACGGGCGACCGGGCCAUGCAGGCCGCCGUGGGGAGGGUGGCGUACCUGCUGGCGGUCACCAUGGUGCUCAACAGCGUGCAGCCGGUGAUCUCCGGGGUGGCCAUCGGCGGCGGGUGGCAGGCGCUGGUGGCGUACAUCAACCUGGGCUGCUACUACGCCUUCGGGCUCCCCCUCGGGUUCUGCCUCGGCUACCUCCUCCGGCUCGGCCCCCAGGGCAUCUGGGCGGGGAUGCUGUGCGGGACGGCGCUGCAGACGGCGGUCCUGCUCGCCGUCAUCUGGAACACGGACUGGGAGGACGAGGCCGCGCAGGCGAACGAACGGAUCAGCGCGUGGGCCGGCGAGAGCAAGCAGCUGGUUCAUGGGGACGCCGGCGCCGGCGACGACGGUGACCUCAAGGAAGCGUUCCGAGUGUGAACCGUCGGUGUGCGCAGAUCGUCAAAGGACUGACAACCAUUGAUUCUGGUGCGGAAUUCAUAGAGUGCGACGAUCUCUCAGUCGACUGGUGCGGAUGGGAAAGAAUAUAGCGCCAUGAACAAAACUAGAUGGAACUUUGUGUGUUUACCCCUCUGAGUUGAGAAUUGCAGAAAAGGAUUAACAGAGGAAAUAAGGUGAUUCAUGGCUCUGUUUAGAUAAGGUAUCUCAUCGGAAAUCAUACGGCAUGCAUGCAUGCAUGGAUUAAAUCUUGCUCUUUGCAACUCAAUUUUUUUGGGU